AUGGCCGCUGCUCAUCGCUUGUCCCGGGCACAGAAUCAAGUCCCAGACAAUGGACCUUCCAAAGCAACAGCGUUCCACUCCUUCCCUCGUUUACCCACAGAAAUCCGAUAUCAAAUCUGGAAGAUGGCCAUUCAACCACGUAUUCUAUUUUUAAACAUUCACGUCCACGUAAAGCCACAUCCUCUAGCCGUCCCUAGCUUCAUGGAGCCCACCGGCUAUCAACCUCGUGGACUCUUGCCGAAGCUUUUUUCGGUGUCGUACACCUACGAGAAUCUAAAAGACCAACAAUUAGUUGGAGACUACGUUUCCGACAACACUUUUCCUCGGGCGAGAGACGAUGACAAACUACCACGCGCGCCAGCCAUGCUCUACGUCAACCGCGAAAGCAGAUACCUGAUGCAGAAAAACGGAUAUAAGCUUGCUUUUGCUGGCUAUUACAAGAGCGACUCACCCCAUAAGAAGUUUCUAGAGCGCUGGGAACGACUAGCUCUUGGCGAAGCCCGGAUAUGGGUUAACUUCUCCAAAGAUGUCAUAUUUGUUCAAGACUGGCCGCGACUUAUUGAAUCGCAUGCUCUCCCCAGCCAGGAGUUGAAACUGCCUGAGGAGUUCCAAAAGAUACAGAGACUAGGCUGUAAAGUGUGGUGGGUCAGUAUGUCUGGUAUGGUGUCACAAAAUAUGCAGAAUUGGGAAGCGGCUCUAGGUCAGGCUUUUUCGAUCAGAGGGCUAAAGGAAAUGUUCGUAUGGAAUGUAUAUCGUCCGGGAGUUUUGCCUUCAAUGGUAAAAGUUCAACAAGAUACAGAGUUCGACAGAUGGAAAGAAACAAAACGCAGUGAGGGAUAUGAUACCGACCUUCGCUUACGACAAUUCAUGGCAUGGGUUCCAGAGGUAGCCUUCAUAGACACAGGGGAGUGA